GACUUCAGGUCGUUGACCUUUGGCCUGUUUACAAACUAUCUGCUGUGCCUGUCAGUCAUCAUUUUCAGUGCAAGAAAAGAAUGGAAUUUUGGUGUUUCUUCGCCUGACAAGGAAAAAUCGCUAAACCUGAGGGGUUGGGAGUGUUCAGAUCAUGACAGACUUGAUGCAGGCAUCCUAAUGAAUCUUUUAAGAUACUUUGAGAAAUUUAGUCAAGAUUUGGAGGACUCUUAAGACUUGAGGUAAAGUUCGAGAUGUUUCCUUCGCUGGUGUUUGGAGAGGGCAUCGUCCCACAGAUAUCGCUGGCAUACAACGAGUUGACGGAAAUUCCCGCGGACUUUCACAAGCACCAAGAUUCACUGGAGAUCCUGGACCUGAGCCACAACAAGAUUUCGUCUCUGCUGCCUCUGAUGGACUUCAAGCGACUGAACACGCUUAUCUUGGACAACAACGGCCUGACGUCACACGUCAAGUUUCCCCCCCUCCCCAGCCUCCACACACUCUGGGUCAACCAUAACAACAUCACCAACCUCUCCGUCUUCAUCGAAACUGUUGCAAAAUGCUUCCCAAACCUCAGGUUCCUGAGCAUGAUGAACAAUGAGGCAGCCCCAAGUUACUUCAAUGGAGGAACAGUCCCACAGUAUCUGGACUACAGACAAUAUGUCAUCAGCCGGUUGGCAAAGCUGGAGACUCUUGAUGACCGACCAAUCAGCAAGGACCAGCGGGAGGAGGCGGAGAGAAUCUACGGUCGCAGGCAGAGCGAAGACAACAAGGGCAAGAAAAAGAAGUCAUCAAGAAAGAAGUCAGCUCAGCACAUGGAAAACAGAAGAUAGAUAUUAAAAGCACUUCCAGCAUCAUGUUGUGUACAUUUUAGAUACAAAAUACUUGUAAUGAGAAAGCUGGGAAGCAAUCAUGUAUUACCAUUGGACUGAGCAUCACAGUGUAUUUUUAGACAAUAAAUUUAUUAAUCUACCUCUAUAAUAACAUAAUGACUCAAGUUAUAAUCACAUUAUUAUGAACCAAAUUUUCUAGUAUGUGAGAGGGGAAUCACUAGUAGUAAUUUUGCUCAAAUGUCUUCAUUAAAUGGUUAUGAUAGAAAAUC